AUGACGUUCGUGUUGUGUUUUGUAGCAAGUGUUAUAUCGGACAUAAAUGACUGUCGGUUGGCGUAUGAUAACAUGCUAACGGCCCGAAUAUUCGUCGAGCCUAUGCCGUUCAAAUUGCUGGUUGUUCGAUGGUUUUUUUUGGCAAUUAGCGUGCAAAUUGUUUUUUCAAGACCCAUUCAAGAAUCCAACAAUACAAGUCGACAGGCCCGAUCAACGCCAAUCUACGAAGAUGUGCAAGGGUAUUUGAUGAAGUUCGGUUACUUGCCAGAAUCGGAUCUAGAAACGGGCAAUAACUUGAGGGACGGAAGUCAACUACACGAUGCUCUGCGAACAUUGCAGACGUUUGGAAAUAUUCCUAUCACCGGUAAAUUGGACGAGGCCACUAAACAGUUGAUGAAGAGACCUAGAUGUGGCGUUUCCGAUAUUUCACAGACAGCGGGCCAGCACCGGACCAAACGCUACACCCUGCAAGGUCAAAAAUGGCAUCACGUCAACCUGACGUGGAGUUUGCGGACGAGGCGUUUGGAUAAAGUAGACCACGGAUGGGUGAGGUCGGACUUGAACAAAGCGUUUCAAGUGUGGGCCCAAUAUUCCAAACUCACGUUUCGGGAAGUUAACAGCGAAUCUGCAGACAUUCUGGUGUUUUUUGAAAAAGGUUACCACGGCGACGGAUAUCCGUUCGAUGGGCCGGGUCAAGUGUUGGCUCACGCAUUUUUCCCGGGCACCGGACGAGGAGGAGACGCUCAUUUUGACGAGGAAGAAGAAUGGCUGGUGGCCGACAAGACAAGCAAAGACGGAACCAGUUUGUUCAGGGUGGCCGUGCACGAAUUCGGUCACUCACUCGGUCUUUCGCACUCAUCGGCACAAGACGCAUUGAUGUUCCCAUGGUAUCAGGAUCUGAAAUCCAACUUUGAACUUCCCAACGAUGACCGGAUCGGUAUACAGAUCCUUUACGGUGCAAAAGAUGACAAGAUCUGGGGUGACAUACCGGCGUACAGACCGACUUCGCAGAGACCGGAUCCAUCGACUACCGUUCCGACGAUAUCUAGUACAGCUAGAACAGUAAUUACCAAGUCCAUGACCAGUAUCACCAAUCCCGUUACCCCAGUGACAUACACUACCAGCAGACCAAUGCCACCGAGACGACCGCCCGUAGCAGUGGUCGUCGACGACAAACCGGACUUUUGCAACACAUCAUUCGAUGCAGUGUCAAUCAUACGAAAGGAUACGUUCUUCUUCAAGGGCAAAUACACGUGGAGACUGGGCCCAAAGGGAGUUUACGCCGGAUAUCCGGCUCUAAUUUCACGGCUGUGGUACAAUCUGCCAGAAGACAUGAACCAGGUGGACGCGGUGUACGAAAGGCAAGACGGAAAGAUUGUGUUUUUCAUAGGUCGUCAAUAUUACCUGUUCGACGGCAACAACCCUCUGCGAGGAUACCCGAAGCCGUUGACGACGCUCGGACUGCCCGAAGAGCUGGACCGUGUGGACGCGGCCAUCGUCUGGGGUCACAACAGCAAAACGUACAUAUUCAGCGGCACCAUGUACUGGAGAUGUGACGAUGAAACUGGUCAGAUGGAGUUGGACUAUCCGCGGGACAUAUCGUCUGUAUGGCGUGGCGCGGGAUACAACAUCGACGCGGCGUUCCAAUGGCACGACGGUGCAACGUACUUCUUCAAGAAUCGAGAUUUCUGGAAGUUCAACGAUCUCAGGAUGCGCGUCGAACAGGAGGAGCCCAGGUCGAUUGGCGAGUUCUGGUUCAACUGCACUGCGGUCGGCGGGGCAAACGGCGACCGGUGGCCCGUCACCAAGAACAAGGGCCGGACGACUGGUCAGAAGGGCUCUGCGGGCCGCGGUGGCCGAUUUCGGACCGCAGACGACGGCCCGUCUGGCAGCGGCGAGGUCAGCUCUUCGGGGUCAGUCUCCAUCGAUCAUACGCCUUCUCCGAUCGUCGAGUGGUCGGUUACGAUGGCGUCGAUCGCGGCAAUCGUUCGGUGGGCACGAUGA